UUCUAUGAAAUCAUUCCAGUCUCUGAUUUUCUGCCUCUUUACCUUGCUGGCGCCCACAUUUUCUGUCGUUUGUUGACCUUUUCCUUUUCCAGGCGCGCGCGUUCUUUCAACUCUCGCUAUCGCUGGUCACCGCGAUCAUACUCAGUGAUAUUCGUCAACAUGAUCGUCGCUCUCUUCAUUUGGCUGCUGGCAGCAUUCUCGUCUGGUGUAGUGGCAGGACCUCUGCCUUUGCAAUUUCGAAGCCCAUUUUACCCUUACUUUCGCAAUACAACAUCCCUAAGCUCUACGUCCACAACAUCUACUAUUUUGACGAGCUCAAAACAAACGACUUCGGUAUCUAUUUCAAGUUCGAAUCCUACCAACCAGACAGCGGAGGCAAAUACAGCUGUUGUGGUUGAGCCCGUGGGACACACAAUCAUCACACAUACCCAGUCGGCGAUUACCUUUCUCGAUCCCAAGGGACGGCCCAUGCUCACUCAAGACGCCGAGACACUUCUUUCCACUUCCUACUUCUCACGACCCCAGCCUACACCCAGCCAAGAUGUGCCAUCGAAGUCGCCUAGUGCAGAGCCUUCCCGCACACCUUCUGCUACGCCAUCAACUGGGACACCUACGACCCAAUCUACUUCUUCAAGUCCUCAAGACCAACCACCAUUCACGUAUUCACCGAAAGGGACUGGUGGUCAGAGCACCCCGUCGAAGUCUUCGUCGUCGGCUGAAACCCAAGGCUCAAAUUCUACUACGACAUCAGUGAGCUCGCCUCUGACCAGCUCGGGAGCAAAGGCACCAGUAGCUAUACCCACUAUCCAACGACCCACUGGUGGAUCAAAUCAGACAAUAUCAAAUUCCCAGGGGACAGCUACGCAACCCCAGACUCAGACUGAGCAGACGUCUGCUGCAUCUUCAAAGAAAGUCGUCUAUGUUACGCAAACCUCGUACACGACAGUCGCACCUCCUGUCGAAUCUGCCUCUCAAGCUUCAUCAACGACUGCGCCCUUGUCUGAGACACCCGCUCCAUCAGUUUCUAGCUUGCAACCGUCGAGUGCCCCAGCAGCAUCCUCAUCAUCUGCUGGUCUACCUCCGACCUCCCUCCGACCUCCACCAGCAGUCACGAUCACGUCGAGUGCCGCCUCGAUCUCAACAACGCAAGCGCCAGCAAUUCCCGCUCCAAGCGCCCCACCACCAUCGUCAUCUGUAGCGAGCGACCCUGGAAGCGCCGUAGAAUCAUCGGCGGCUAGCCAAACGCUGAAGCCGUCUAAUGCUCCAGCGGGAAGCACGGGUGGAAAUGGCGGGUUCCAAUAUCCAACACGUUCGGUUGGUGCGAGCCCUGCGCCCACUACAUCGUCGUCCCCAGGUGGUGCUACAACCACAGAUGUACCUUCGUCCAGUACUACGCCUGCUUCAUCUAGGCAAUCAUCCACAAGUCCUGCGGUGUCGCCGUCACGGACAUCGAAUAGUCCGUUGAUCGUGACGCCGAUUAACCCAAAUCAACUGUUCACUGUCACGGUGACUGCAACAACCACAGAGAAGGAGACGGCUACUGUCACGGCAACCGUCAAAGAUUAG